CUAGUCGAUCAAUGAAAUAGUAAAGAGAGGGAGAGAGAAAGCAUUCCCGACUGCAACUAAAGGAAGCGAUUCCUUUGCUAGUGUCCUACUGCGAAGACCAAGAUCAAAAGGGAUCAGAAUGAAGUUCAUUAUUGGAAUAGGAGGUGUGACCAAUGGAGGCAAGACGACUUUGACGGGAAGACUCAUAAAGAACUUACCAAACUGUUGUGUUGUACAUCAGGAUGAUUUUUUCAAGCCCCAGGAUCAAAUAGAGCUCGGGGAGGACGGCUUUAAACAAUGGGAUGUGAUGACCGCCUUGGACAUGGAUGCCAUGGUGAACACGGUUAAGGGAUGGAUGGAGAACCCGGUGAAGUUUGCACGUUCCCACGGCGUGACUGUCUCCCCCGAAUCUGACGGCUCGGACCCUGAGCGUGAAAUCCACAUACUCAUUAUAGAGGGAUUUCUUCUUUAUAACUACAAGCCUUUGCUUGACGUCUACAGCAAGUGCUACUAUGUGACCAUUCCAUACGGGGAGUGCAAAAGAAGAAGAAGUAUGAGAACUUACACCGUUCCUGACCCUCCUGGUCUGUUCGAUGGCCACGUGUGGCCCAUGUACUUGAAACACAGGCUGGAGAUGGAAAACAGCGGACUAGAUAUCCAAUAUUUGGACGGAAUGAGAACAAAAGACGAGCUCUAUGACCAAGUUUAUGAAGGCAUUCAGAACUCACUGUUGAACGUCUUAUAGCAUCUCUUUAGUUGGAAUGAAGAUGGUGUGUGUAUAGAACUGUAAAUAGCUUCUGCCACUAGACGGAUUUUGUAAAUAAAUACUAACUUAUUUUAAAACGGAUGGCAAAAGCCUGUGAUUUUAUAUUGCUCUAUGUAACUUUGUUUUAUUAAAAACAAGCAUUACUCUCUUGGAUGCCCAGAGACGAACAGUAUAUGGCAAUUAUAAAUUAGCCAAAGCUCUACCAUCUUCAUCUUCAAUCAGAACAGACAUCUGUGUUGUGUAGAAAAGAUCAAACUUUUUAUGAUUUCAGUUUCUGGACUUUGAUGGAGGACUGUAAUGGGAUAAACUAAAUAUUGAAUCAAAUCAUAUAAUAAAAAUGUUGAAAUAAAUAUACAGUAAAUAUGCAUUUCUGUAUGCAUUUCAUUAUUGAUUUAAUUCCCAGUGUAUCAUAUUUUGUGUCAUUUUCAUUCUUCAUAAAAAGAACAUUACACCCUU